AUGGGUUCCACUCUCCCUCAGACUAUGAAGGCUCUUCGCUAUGAGAAGCCAGAGUCGCACAGCAUCAUCGAUGUCCCAUUGCCUGAGCUCCGUGACAACGAUGUCCUGAUCAAAGUCAAGGCCUGCGGUGUCUGCGGAACCGACUUGCACAUCCACGAGGGUGAAUUCAUCGCAAAGUUCCCUCUCGUCCCCGGCCACGAAACAGUCGGUGUCGUCGCCGCCGUCGGCCCCAAAGUCAAGGGCUUCGACAUCGGUGACCGCGUCGUCGCCGACAACUCCGAGCUCUGCGGCGAGUGCUUCUACUGCCGUCGCGGCGAUGAGCUUUUCUGCGAGCACUUCGAGGCCCACGGUGUCACCAUGAACGGUGGCUUUGCUGAAUACUGCGCAUACCCUGCUGGCAGGGUAUUCAAGAUCAAGAACCUUUCUGACGUGGAUGCCACGUUGUUGGAGCCGGCCAGCUGUGCCGCGCAUGGUUUGGAUAAGAUUGCGCCCAAGAUGGGGUCAUCGGUGUUGUUGUUUGGAGCUGGGCCGACUGGUUUGAUCCUGGCUCAAUUGCUCCGCCAAUGCGGUGGCUGCCGCGUGGUUGUUGUCGCGCCUGAGGGACUGAAGAUGGAUCUGGCCAAGUCGCUGGAGGCAGGUGACGAGUAUGUUGCGCUGUCGCGACAGGAUCCUAGCGCACAAUUCCAGAAGCUGAAGGAGGAGAACCCCUAUGGGUUUGACAUUGUUGUUGAGGCCACGGGUAGUGUUAAGAUCCUGGAAGACUCGAUCAACUAUGUUCGCAGAGGUGGUAAGUUGGUCGUGUAUGGUGUUUAUUCCAACAAGGACCGUGUGUCUUGGCCUCCUAGCAAGAUCUUUGGUGAUGAGAUUACCAUCCUGGGUAGCUUCUCUGAAGUGUACAAGUUCCCUGCGGCGAUUGAUUACCUCGACUCUGGCAAGGUCAAGGUCAAGGGCAUCGUCAACAAGACGUUCAAGAUUGAUCAGUGGGAGGAGUGUCUGGAGGCGAUGAAGAACAAGACGGCCAUUAAGGCGGCGAUUACUUUUGAUUAA